AUGGCCGAAGCUUCUACGUUCACGGCGCCGGCUGGGCAAGCCAUCACAGUGAAGCUCAUUAACACAGUAAAUUUCGGACCUGCACAGCUACAUAGAUUUAUGGCGCCGCCGGUUCCUGGAAUGGAAACACAUCCCAGCAAUCCGUCCUUUUCAUUCCUUUUGGAACAUUCGUCAGGCCGAAAACUGGUUUUUGAUUUGGGCAUACGCAAGGACUACCAAAACUAUGCUCCUAAAAUUGCAGAGUACAUCCCGACGACAAAAUAUCAAAUUGAAGUGACGAAAAACGUGAUUGAUAUUUUGGAAGAAGAGGGAAUCAAAGGGGAAGAUAUAGAAGCUGUCAUCUGGAGGCGAGUUCUCAUGGAGAGGUUUAAGGAUGCGAUGCUGCCUGGUGCGCCUCAAAAUCCAGAUUCGCCAUUGAGCGAGUCUGCUUUCGAAGGGCGAAACCUGCGAGAAAUAGCUUUUGAAGCCCUGGCCAUGCUAUCGGCCAUUUGUGCGGGCUUGCCAGAACAACCGCCAACCCUGAUACAUUUGUGCUCCUGGGUGGCGAUGUUUGUCACUAUGGGGGGCAUCUUCCGACCCUCAAAGUACUUGCCUGUUCCUGAGUCUAUUCUACCAAAUCCCUGCCAUCCACAUGGAGAUGCCACGUUCUGUCCUGGCGGCGCAUGGGAAGAGCUCCAGCGAUCGCGGGGUCGAGAUGUGAACGACCCACUCUUCACUCCGACAUUCGGUCAUGACAUUCCUCAAAUAAUUGAGACAAUUGGAAAAUUGCAAGAAGCAGAUUGUCUGGAUAGCGUUUUUGUCAUUAUUGCUCACGAUGCCACUGUUCGGGAUUCUGUCGAUCAGUUCCCAUUGAGUUUGAAUCGAUGGAAAGAGAAAGGAUGGGCCAAGGACCUCAAAUGGGCUUUCCUACGCGAUGCCGGGGUCUACUGGAAGUCCAAAGGUGUAAUCUGA